AUGCAUGGGAGUAAGUCUACAGUUGAGAUGGGAUUUUGCUCCAUUCAUAGACGGAAGCGAACACGGGUGGAUUUAAUGCCGGUGGAUGGCCAAACUGGGCAAAUGCGUUGUAAAUUCCACAAGGAAUGUCGCCAGCGUGUGGAGACAGAAAUGGUUAUUUGUAGUCUCCAUAACCGACGGAGAAAUAUAAAUCAAAUGAAGGAAGUUCGCAAGGGGAUAUUCGAAUGUUUGCCACAGUUUGCUUGUCGUGGUCAGUUCAAUGAAGCAGCUGUGCCAACAUCUCAUGCACCGGUGCCACAUCCGCAUUAUGUCCUCCCACCAAAAGGUAGUCGACCCCAACAAGUUUUUGGAGAGGUCCAUUCUGCCCCAUCAACGAGUGUGAACUGGACACCUGCAUUUAAUCGCCCACGCAAUGCAGGGGUAGUGACUUCUUCUGAUUGGACACAAACCGAUCACAAAAUGUGGUGCGCCAAACACGGAAAGUUGACGUCUCAGUGUGAGUUGAUCAAGGACUGCUACCACGUCUGCUACGAUGCGUCGGCGUGCCUCUCUACGCCCUUGGAAUUGCCUUCCGAGCUGUUGCUAAAAGGAUGCAAAGAUCUUUUGUGCUCAAAGCACAAUGCUUUAAGGUUGGUAGAUUUUCUUGAGAGAACUCCGGAUGAAAAGGGAUAUCAAUGUACUCCGGGUCACCGCUGUCGGGGAACGCUUGUCAACCAGCGCGAUGCAGUUUCAGAACAGGUGCUGCAGCCCGCCAGAGAAGCUGUUUCCUCUUUUUUCGUAUAA